AUGCCUGUUCUCUCUCGUCGGAUGCCGGAUCUUCUUUGGUGGUUAGAUGUCCGCGGGAAGGUGGGUUCUCCCUGCCUGCAUGUGGGUUGUUCGUUUCAAUGGGCGAUACAAGAACGGCACCAAUACGGCAUUGGCAUUGCAUUGGCCAACCUGCCAGAAGGAGGAAAAUUCUACUAG